AUGAUAUCACCCCCCUUCGCGCCCGGCGACUCGAUAUCUAAUGGAAGCAGCGUGAGCAGCAGUUCCGCCUCUCAGCGGUCUGCCCGACCGGCGACAAAACAGUUUGGCGCCCUCAAGCUCUCGCAAGCCCCCAACCUCGAGUUUGCCCUCUUCAACGACCAAGACCCCGCCGUCGAGCUUGCCCUACCCGGUUCCCUUCAGGCGACGCGGAACCAGCUCUUCCGUUUCUCCAUCUCCCAGAGCGUUGUCCCUGAAUCCCACAAGGAAGAGAUCAAGGCAAUCAUACGCGGCCCCGAGACCUACACAAUAACCGACGCCAUAUUCUACGCCGAAGCGACCGAGGCACAGCGUGUCGGCCCGGUGCACCAUGUCAACGACUUCCGCCAAGUCGUACACGCCACCCACAAAUGCAUACGUAAACGCGCCUCUAAGGCCAUAUGGAAUGCCGAGGUCCACGGCGAGGUGCUUCGCCUUGCCCUCCGUCACAAGCGCAAUUCAAUGCAAGGUGGAUUGGUCAAUUUUGCUGUGGCGACAUCAGCCACCGUGCACCGUAGCCUUCUCAAGGGAGGCGGGGCCAAGAUGAUCGACUACGCCAUCUUCAUCGACACGGAAAACGACGCCCCGCCGGGAUCUCCGCUGAAGCAGCACAUCCAAGACCUUCGAAAAAGGUCCCGCACAGGAGCUGUUAACGCAACUGACUACGACUUUCUGUUGGACAACCCGAUUGCCUUGAGCAUCGAGUCUAAGAGAAGCGAAGGCUUUGAGGCGGCGACGUUGCAGAUUGGGACCUGGCACACAGCGCACUGGACGUUCCUUGACCGCGUCGUGCAUGGCCCGGCGGACCUUGACGCCCUCGGCUUUCUGCCGGGAUUGAAUGUCCAGGGAGCGGAAUGGUACUUUGUGGCAUCCACGCGGCAAGACGAUAAGACGAUCUUGUGGACGAGGCUGUCAAUUGGAUCCACGCAGUAUCUUCUUAGAACUUAUUGCGUCGUUCGCGCCCUGCAGUACCUCGCUUGGUGGUCUGCCGAAGUUUAUUGGCCGUGGUUUUGCGACCACGUGCUCGUGAUGCCUUCGGUUGAUGACGGUUGA